AUGAAACCUGAACAUGCAGGUUCCCGUGACCAUCAUUUGCAGCCCAACCAGCUCUGUCGUCAAUCAGGCUUAUUUGGGUCUGUGUUUCCAAUUGCGCUCUUUGUCACAGCUCGCUUCGAUGGCCCCACUGUUGAAACACCCGCUCUGAAGCGUUCCCUGCAAGCUUCCAAGGUUCAUCUCCCCCAGCCUCUUGUGAAUGCGACAUUUCCUCGCCCUCAUGUGAAAAUAGCCAUGCCAUCAAGUCUGGCGUACUCUGGAACCAGAUCUUUCAAUGAAAAUGCCCGCUCUUUAAAUCUAAACCCUCGACUGGGCUCCGACGACACCCCCAUGGACGAGAGUCGCCCCAAAAACGAGGAUGUAUUCCUGAACAUCGCAAGAGCUGAUUCUGGCCGUCGCGAUUCCAUAGGUCGCUCAGAUUUCCGACGGUCACGUCUGGGAUAUUCGACCCAGAGUCUGCGCUCACCAACGGCCGAACAAACCCCCUCACCCGAUCAGCGAUACAGCAACCCCGACCCCUUGCUUUCUCAUCAUGAUUCUCCUACCACCCCCUACAGCUCCCACACGCCAGCAUCUGCCCACCCGCUGGAUGACCCCGGUCGCUUUCGCUAUAACAGCCUGGGAUCCGGCUCGCGAUCCACCGUUGGAGUUCCCCGAAGUCGUUUCAGCCGUACAAGCCCAGACACCUCGCCGCGGACACCUUCUGUAGAUGAGCGUCGCGCGUCUAUGCAUGAUCCCCGCCACCGCCAUUCCGGAAUUUCUACGAUCCGAGGCAGUCGACAGCCGUCUACGUCGGAAGCGACUGAGCGUGCGCGAGCCGACACAGAACGAUCGCGAGCGGACGGCACUGAAUCGACCUUGUCAACUACGGCGCCCUCUACUGUCUGGGACGAACUGGACGAGCUGAAAGAUCGUAUCAAAAAAUUGGAAUUGACAGGGAAACUACCACCGUCAUCGUCGGCAGCGAUGUACAGUCCUUCCAACGAACGACCGCGCACUGCAAACACAGCCAUGACCACUAUCUCCUCCUCGCCCAAGUACCACCGCAAAGCCAGUGUCUCGGGUGCAGACAUUGACUCUGGCUAUAAUAGCCAGGUUCAGCCUAUAUUGCAGUCGGCUUUGGCCAAGGCGAAGAUGGUCCUGACUGGUGAGGUGUAUACCUCCCUCGAAGCGACAAUCACCGAUGCUCUGACUCUGACCACCGCAUUGGGUGCCAAUGCUCCCCCAUUGGGCAGCAUGUCUGUUGUGAAUGGAGGAUAUACUUCACCCGAAAGGCACGCCCGUCGCAAAGCGGACAGCGUGUGCCGGAGUCUUACGGAGCUAUGUCUGGCUUUGACAGACGAACAAUUGAAGAACCAUCGGCCGUCGUCAAGCCGCGACACUAGCGCACAGCCUCCAUUAUCAAAUGGCACGGAGCCCAACCCGCGCAUGUCAGUGCCGUCGUAUCAACGACAAGCGAGCCAGGAGCCCGAAGGAAUCGAGCGACGUCAUAGUACAACACGCAUAUCCAGCCGUCUCGACGCACGCCGAGCAUCGCUGGUCAACACCAGCCCUGGCAACCUGGCAGAAAUCAAGCAAAGCCCGACUCAAUCGCCUGGAAUUCCCACGCCGACCAGUCGUCUGAAUCGCGCGUCCACUUCCCUUCGCAGCCGCAGGCUGACAUUGGGCGAGGAGAGCGGCGAGAACGGUAGUCUGCACAGCCGUUCGGUCUCCAGAGCCAACACAGAAAUUGGCACACCACUUUCUACCCCUGGAAUUCCACAGCGACAAAGGUUCCCUCAUAACCGUACAGUCUCUCGCUCCAUAUCGGGUACGCAGCCAGACCAAGGCACCUUCGGCAUCUCUCCUCGUUCUCCGCAAUACCAAACCCAACCCUCUCAAGUCCCCCAACCAACGCAAACACCCACACCGCGCACCCCGACUCUCUCAUCAAAUCUCUCUUUCCGCCGCAGCUACAUGAGCCCUGCCACAUACACCCCCGCGACAGCCCGCUCCAACAUCCAAGCCGGUUCUCGUCGCUACGGUCUCACGCCCAGCUUCUCCUCAAACAACAUCCAAGCCUCCGACGACGGCCCCAGAUCGCCCCUGGACCAAUCGCAGACCAGGAUCGCCGCCCCUUCAACCAAGACAGCAACCAGCUACACCCCCAUACAACAACAACAACAACGGCUGCGAACCAACAGUCUGGGCGCCAGGCGAUUUGGUCUACGGAACCGCGCCCCUACAACACCAAACAACAACCUCAACCUCGACGAUAGCAUCGACUAA